AGGCCACGGCGGUGUCCACGCAGCCGAGCUUCUCCAUGCGCGCCAAGCUGGUGGACCCCUCGGCCAAGGAGGCGCGGCCCGAGCCGGGGGCGUACACCAUCGGCGGGUCGACGACGCACAGGGGGAGGAUGGACGCGCCGAGCUGGACAAUCGGCGCGGGUGCCGGGAGGCAGAAUGGCAUCCCCAAGCCGGCGACCCAGCCGGGGCCAGGGGAGUACUCCCUGCCGAGCAGCCUGCUUCCGAACCCGACCAUGAAGCGGGACGGGCAGGUCCCGUUCCUCACGGCCAAGCGGCGGCCCCUGCAUGAGGCCGGCACGAGCGACGUCGCCCCGCACGACUACCAGACGGCCAAGGGUGGGCAGGAGACCGGGCGGCCCGUGGUCAGCCAGGCGCCCGCGUACUCCAUGCGCGCCAAGCUGGCCGACCCCGCUGACAGGCAGAAGAAGCCGGACUGCGUCACGUACACGGUGAAGGACGGCGUCACCCACAAAGGCCCUGUGAAGGGACCCAGCUGGACCGUGUCUCCCGCCGGGCGGGCUUCUGGCAUGCCGAAGGCCAAGGAUCCUGGGCCCGGCCCCGGCGAGUACUCUGUGCCGACCACUUUCGAGGGCAAGCAUCCGCUGUUCCCCUCGUGCGCCUCGGCCGCCAGGGCGGAGACGAAGAGGUGCGACCCCGACGACACCCCAGUGCUGUACCCAGACCGGCACUACUGAGGGUGGCGCUACACCGUGAGAGCAGCAGGAAGAGGAGACCGAGGAGGAUG